GGCCUGUGGUUAUCGCAGAAUAUUAAGGACCACUUCACGAAACGGAGAAGGAUGAAUAUAACUCUCAAAUAUAUAGAUCCCACUUACAUGAUCCGUGCUAUUCCAGGCAAUGCAUCUGAUAAUGUAUAUUGCACCCUUCUUGCUCACAGUGCCAUUCAUGGUGCAAUGGCAGGAUACACGGGCUUCACUGUUGGGCCUGUUAACGGAAGGCACGCGUAUAUUCCAUUCUGUCGUGUGACCGAGAGGCAGAACAAGGUUGUGAUUACUGACAGAAUGUGGGCACGGUUAUUAUCAUCAACCAAUCAGCCAAGCUUCUUGGAUCUUAAAGAGGUCGCCAACAAGGUUGCCGAAACGAAGAAAGAGGAUACAGAAGACCAACUGAUAGAUGGGGAAAACCAUAUUGAAGCAACCGCAGUGUCUAACCCAAAGUAGGAAAAAAGACCAACAAGCAACUUAUUUGGCAAGUCAAAGAUCAUUGUGUUUGCUGUUCCCUUUUCAAUUUCGCACCAUUUCUGGUUCCCUGUUUGAUGUAGUUUAUUUUCUUACAAGAGCACCCAAACCCGGUGGAGUUUCAGGUUUGAGCGUUUAUAUGUUAGAUGUAUGAAGUUGUGUGUUCAUUGGUGAAAAGAAUGAAAUUUGAGUUUUCAUCAGCAA